AUGUGUGUCCUAUCCACUUCCAGCACUUAUUCCUGAUUUCUUCAUCCACUGGUCUCUUUUUUGACCGACGUAUGCGAAGUCUUUUACCUAUAUGCAUGCGUAACACAUAUCCCUGCCAUCUCACCUGAUGACGUUUCACUACUUAAUCAAUUGCUUUGCCAUCCUUACCUAGUUCCCGUUUUUAAACAACUGCAUCGCUCACUCAGUGGUAGCAGGAUAUAUGUGUAUGUUCAUACCGUGCGUAACAUCGCGUUAUCAAGUCUAAGUAGCUAAGUGAAUAACGUAAUAACGUGUAAAGCGAAUGAUUCUGGGCUCGAGUCCCAGAUUGAACAUCAACGCUUGUAUGUAGGUACACCCGACUGAUCACUCCCAAAUAAGACGAAACGCGCGUCAAACUGGAUCCCACUGCUAGCUACCACCCAUCUUUGCUUACAAUGCUUUUGAAUGAGGGCAAUAUCGAUGCAGUGCUCACAGUAUGCUCACAUGGCAAUAAGAGACUGAUUAAUUGAAAUGCUGAACAUCAAUGGGAAGAUACAAGGAAACAACAAUACUAAGUGAAUUCAAUCAAUCAUCAAUGGUAAUUAAUAUUAACGCAGAAUGAUUAAGAUCUAUGUAUGUCAAGGCUGAACUGGAUAGCUUCAAAUAAAUUGAAAGUGUAAUAUUAUUGUUACUAUUAUUCCAAACAAUGAGUGGAAAAAUCGUAAUUCUGAUGUUCCGUCACCUAAUAUAAGCCACUUCUUCAGAGUAAGUAAAUGAGCUUGAUGAAAUUAACUCAAGAUUAAUUAGUACAAAGAACACAGUGCAGAAUAUUUAUAGCACAAUUGAAAUCACAUUAGAUGUGAACAUGCCAUUUUCUAGUGGUACUGACAACAAUAAGCCAAUCAAUAAGGAGACAUAAAAAUUGCUGGUUUGGUUGUUAGAACAAACAUCGGCCUCUUGAAUUCCGAUGGAUCUCAGCUCCCAUCAUGAGUCAUCAUAAUUCUUGCUUGAAAUCGGAGGUCUAUUCUGGUUAUCGUUUUCUUGUAGCAAAGUUGUUUUCUAUAGGAUAGGGUUGACGAUUCUACGCUCAACCUUCUUCUUUUCCUGGAAUUCAGAUCGGCAAGAGUCCUAGAACAGAUACAGUAGGAGUUAAUCAUGUUAUGCUCAACAGAUAUUUCUGUUUUAUUUUUUAGUUUGAUUGCAUCUGUGAUAGCCUUGUUAAUCGCACUCGUGAAGAAGAUAAACGAGAAAUAUCCACUGAAUGUCGCGCUUGUAAUUAUUUAUUCUAUCUGUAUGGCAACAGCAUUAGGAGUUUGGAAUGCACAGUUAGAUGCUAUUGUCAAACUUGCAGUCUUUGUAAUCAGUUUGGUAUUAUUCACAUGUGGAUUACUGAUUGGUGCAGCAAUCAAAGCAGAUUUGGCAGAUCACUUAAUGAGCAUUCUAAUAUCAUUUUCGGUUAUAUCUGUUCUCAUUGUGAUAGUCGCCGUUGUGCUAAGUUUUUGGAAACAUUACAAGGUAACAAUAUUUCUUAGUUAUUUAACUGUUGGCAAAUCAAGAUAUCUUCUCUUAUAUCCAAAUUAUGCAUUGGCAUCUAUAUUAUUAUAUACCAUAUUCUUUUCGACUUUAUCAAUCAAUACGGAUAUCAUUAAUGUCAACAAGACUGAAAGUUCUAUAUUCCAGUUCCAAUUAACAGAACAUUGAAUUUGAACACUGGGUCGAAGAGAACCUUCUGGAUUUUGUUGUUGUCAUUGUUGUUGUUGACUUAAUUUGGGAUCAAUCAAAAACUUGUUUGUUCGUGUGCAAACUGAUUACAUGUGUUUAUUUUUGUCCUAAUGGAUAACAAUGUAACGUGUAUAAAGUGAUUUCA